AUGAUUGCAAUACAACCAAAAGGGAAACCGCUCAGGACAACAAUAAAGCUUGUGGCGAUCGAGCCGAUAUCGAAGCCGAAAACAUCGACCAAGCUGGAGGCAAAGAAAAAGACGAAACCGGAUACGAAGAAAACGAGCAAACCGGAGACGAUGACCAAGACGGACACAAAGAGCAAGAAAGGCCAAGGCAAAGACCAAGUUCGACACAAAGACGAAGAACAAACCGGAAACAAAUCCAAAGCCAGCAACGAAGAAAGCCGAGAAGACAAAAAGGACGAACGCAGAAAAGAAGGUACUAUUCAUGGAGACGACGACGAAGAUCCAGCUGGGAGCUUAGGAGAUGGCAGCGCUAAGAAACUCAAGGAGCGGAGAAAGCGAAGGCCGGCGACGAUCAAAUUCACAAAUAUUGGGCUAGUGAUGAAUAUUCCAAAGACGAUAAGACAAAACUAG